AUGUUCCCAGCACGCCUUUCCCCUGAAGCUGAGGACACCAUUGAACAUCAAAUUGCGCAAGCCAUGGGGAUCUCACCGGACGAAGUUCUGGCGUCCCACAAUGUGCUAGCUCGCCCAGAGGACCUAGUGUCCCAAAAUCUUCUAUGUAUUUUGCCUCAACUCCAGGAUGAACGACGGCCUUCACCAUUUCUUCGCCUUGUUCUCGUGGAUUUGGAAAUUUAUGAACCCAAUGAGAUCUUGCCAGGAGCCUUUCGAAGAUUUUCCAAAUGGCUUCCGAGAACCAUCAACAGACGCUCUGUUUUUCGCAUGCUGGAUUUGGAAUCACUUCUGGACAUCCACGGGGAGCACUGCCGACUUUGGUUCAACAACAAUCUCAUCGGGGACGACUUCAUUGAACCUCUACAUCUUGAAGAUGGAAAUUAUCUACGCAUCCUCAUUGGGGAUCAGGUCUCAGAUUUUCAAUGCAACGACAGCUCUGCGGAGUCCACUGAUCACAUGAUUGGAUUGCAACUUCCUUCGGAUGUAGCCACUAGAGAUUUUGAGCUGGCCAUGCCCACUGAUGCGGACCUGUGCGAAAUUUUGGUUGGCAGCAUUCUUCAAGCACAAGAUCAACCUUUGCGACUACAUGACGGUCUUGGUCUCCGAGUUCAACUUCGCAGCCGCUCAGAGACUGAAUUGACCAACUUCGUCUCACGGCUUCGAGCAGAGGAGGACACGGAUGACAUCCAACUCUGGACACAUCACUGGCAUGUUCAGGUUCCUGCUACCAGUCCGAAUCCUUUGCACUUGCAAGUUCAUGAACUUGAGAGAUGUUUGGUCACAUCAGGGCGUCUUCUGGACGAGGAUGGAACUACGCCUCCUUUGAUUCCCCUUGCCACUCCGGAUGAUAACACGGAAGAAGCGCCUGCGAUUGAUCGUUUCCCUGAUCACCAAGGUGAUAUUCUUGACUCAUGGAGAAUGGCCUCUACCUCUACACCUGCCAUUGACACGAUCGAUGGUGAGCUCCAUGUCAAAUUCGUCACGUGGUUUCUGAAUGGAGAUCUCUGGCCGCGUUGUGAUGCCUUUCGAAUUGUUGCUCUUCCUGCUGAUCCUGAAAGAUGGGAUGCAAUUUUUCGACGGACAUGGAGAGAUCGCGCUGAUCCAUCCGCGCAACUUCAGACGGCUUUGGUUUAUCCACCGGUCACGCCGGAUCAUCAUGGAGGCCACCUGAUCAUUCACCAAAAUUUGGGACCUACGGUGCGAGGAACCCUGCUCAGUGUCUUUUGGCAUGGACAAGAGAGCGAAUUAGGCAGCCGCUUUGCUCAGGUUGUUCCACAUUGGCUCUCGUUUCAGAGGUUCUUGCAGUUUGCAGAUCUUCUUGAUGCGUGUCGACGACGCAUUCUUCUAUGUGUUGGCUUUUCUGGCAGUCAUCCUAUUGAUGAUGAUCGGCCAUUAUUUCCUCGUCAUGGCACUCACGUUGAGAUUCAUGCGGCAGAAUGGCAGGUUAUUGAUGAGAACAGCUUGAUGCAGCAGCCCGGAGUGCCACCACUGGCCCCUACCGGUGCGCAUUUCGCUCCUCCUCAGGCUGCUGCCUGUGAUGCCGCACAACUGAAUGCAGAUGCUCCCAUUUUUGUUCCUGGAGUACCCUGGGAAAUUGGCUCAAUGUCGGAAUUCACACAGGAUCUACACGCACUCUGGCAAGAUGCAGCCUUUUCAUGGGAGGAUGAAUCACCUUCCUGUCCCAUUCUGGUAUGGUUUGUUGAUCAUCAAUGGCAUGCACCACAUGGACGCACCGCGCGCAUUGUGCACCUUCAUGAUGACUUUCACACCUGGGAAGACAGAAUCAGGAGAACUUGGGCCGACCACAUUGUGGAGGGUAGAUCUGGCUACAGCAUUGUCCUACAGUUGCGGCCUCGACCACAUCCACGGCCAACUGAGACUGCUGUCAAUCGUUCCAACCGAGCCCCAGUCCUGUUGCAACUCUCCCACCUACUUCAUCACGAUGUGCUGAGUCAGGAGGAGAUCGUUGAGGAUCCUGCACUGUCUUUGUCAUCGACAUCCAUAAAUGUGGCAAUCAGACUUCGCUCUGGUAGUGAUAACAUCAUUGUUCCUGAGUACAUUGAAUGCUCAGCACCUGGUGCUUCCCAUGACAUUGAAGCCGAACUCAAACACUGGGGCAUUGAAUGCAAAGCCAUCAGAUUUGGUCCCCGGCAUGAAGCUCUUUGUCUUCCAGUACAGUGGACGGCACAAGCAGGGCAGUUUCAUUAUAUGUUCUGCCAUGAUGAUCCCAAGGACAAUGAAGGCACUUUCCUUCACACGUCUGACACAGCCUUGGAUGACUUGGGGCUCAUGCAACUGCUCCACAAAUUUGGAUACUGCAGAGCGGCCAUCCUGGAAACCAAGGAACCCAUGCCACAGCUCUUCAUGGUUCUAUUCCUUGACGUUGUGCAACGACAUGCGGUUGAGCCCUUGAAGCAGAAGUUUCCUGCACCUUGGCCCACACCGCUUGUGCGUGAACGUGAACACAGGCCCUUCUUCUCUGAUCAGGAUCCAACUGCGGGCGAUGAUGACUUUCUCAUCAGGCUUGGCAUCACCAUGACUGACAUCCAAGCCUUUUUCAGAUCUGGAGAUGAUAUGCUUUGCCGCGAUCCCAAUGGACUUGCAGUUCCUGAAACCACCAUGAGGGUCUUGCGCAUCAGUGACACCACGGAUCUGGCAACCUUUGACCGCAUUAUCAUCUAUACUGAUGGAUCUUCUCUUCCUCUUCAUCGUCACAGACCUGCUGCUUGGAAUGAGGAGAACGGCAUUGGUGACACGUGGGCUUUCGUUGUACUCGGUGAGCGCUAUCUGGAGCAGCAACCGACCAUCGAAAUCAUAGGUUGGCUUGCACAUCCUGUGCGAUAUGACCCUUCGUGUCCUUCCUUUGUGGGAGCAAAAUAUGUUGGAUCUCUUUGUGCAGAACGUGAAGCCAUGACCUGGGCGGCCAUCUGGCGACUUUCCCAGAACAUCGACACACCAACCUUGUUUCGGUCGGAUUCAUGGACCACAGCAAUGCAAGCCUUGGGUCAGAUUGGCACUGCACAUGUGGAUACCUCAUUUGCAAGUUUGAGAAGCUGCUUUCAAGCUCUGGAUGCUGCUUUACGAGAUCGAGUCAAAGUAGAGCACACUCCUGGGCACUGUGGCGAUCCAUACAACGAUUUUGCUGACUGGCUGGCUAAGGAAGAGCGCAUUCGCAGCUUUUACUAUAAGCGUCAGGCUAUCUCCAUGGACUUGUGGCGACCUUUUCUGCCUUAUAUGUGGAUGCUUUUCAGCCAAACGGAUGGCCUUCCUGCAUUGAGCGCCAAGGGAUUACAUGUUCCUCCUCCUCAGCUACCUUCUCUACAUGCGACUUCAGCUCCCAUAGAGAGCAAGCUGAGUUUGGAACAGUGUGCUCAGAUCAACAUCAGACCUGGGACAGCAGAUUCCACAUCUGUUUUCAACACCAUUGGGUGCACUACCUCGGGUACGCCUUUGCUACGAGCCUUUUUGGAUGAUCGUGCACUUUGUCUUCCCUGUACUUCUGCAUGUCAUGAAGGUACUCACACGACGUGGGUUACCCCAGAUGGCUUGUCUGAACACAUGAUCGACUACAUCGCGAUCCCAAGUACUUGCUUGCAUGAGUGUCUCUUGAGCAAGGUCCUGGACGAGUUUGACUUGGGCAACAGUCAUCAUGAUCAUAUGGCUAUUGCUCUACAGCUCCAGUGGCAAGAAACCGGCAUGCAGACUCCCGUUGGGCAGCGUCAAGCGAAAGCUCACAUCGACUUCAGCAUGCUUCAAAGCCACCAUGUUAUGCAAACCCUGAAUGACUACGUCGUGCCAGCAUGGAGUGAAAACAUUGAGGACCAGGUUUCACAUUUCAAUGGUCAUCUCCUUGAAGGCCUUCAACAUCGUUGCCCAGCCACCAAGCAUCGGCCGAAGAAGCCAUGCCUCGAUGAUGCCACAUGGGCUCUCCGUACCCAGAAACUCAUUGCAAGACGGGGGCUUCGUCAGAUUGCACGUCGCAACAGACAAGAAUUCCUUCGUGCCUGCUUUCAGUCCUGGGCUUCGACACCAGAUUUUGACUCGACCCGUCUCUGGCAGUAUCAUCGGUGGCUCUUAUGUGCAAACAUCAAAUUGAUGGCCAGGUUUCACACAUCUGCGGCACAUCUUAAGAAGACCCUUCGGGACAGGAAGACGACUUAUCUCAAGCAAGCCUUUGAGAACUUGCCUCCCGAUGCUCCGGCUUCUUCGAUCUUGCAGGCACUUAAGAAGGUUGUUGGUUCAACCAACCUGAAGCAGAUCAAACAACUGACCCUUCCUAUGGUAAAGGAUUCUUCUGGAUCUCACUGCACCUCACCAUCUCAGGCUUUGGACACUUGGAUCCAGUUUUUCCAGAACAUGGAAGGAGGAAAAAGAGUUGAUCGGCUCGAACAACGUCAUUUAUGGGUCCAGAACCUCCAGAAGUUCCAAGCGACUUCGCUGGAUUUGCAAAUCACAGAUGUUCCGACUUUGGUAGAGCUUGAAAUGGCCUUCAGACAUGUCAAGCCCAACAAGGCCACGGGCCCUGACUUGAUUGAUGCCAACAUCUGUGCGAAUUCUCCUGCCAUCGUUGCGCGCAAGACUUAUAGUCAGCUUCUGAAGCUCUACACCCACGGCCAAGAAAGCCUCUUGCACAAGGGCGGUCGGCUACAGCCGAUCUGGAAGCAGAAAGGCCCUCGGGAUGUUUGUUCGGCGUACCGCAGCGUGCUCAUUUCAUCGCACGUUGGCAAGUCUCUACAUCGUUGCCUUCGCCUACACACUGCCAAUGUCUUCGAGCACUAUUUGCAGCUGCAACAAACUGGGGGCAUGCGGGGGAUUUCCGUCACCUUGGGAGUUCAUCAGGCGAGAUCAUAUCUUCGAACACGCCUUCGACAGCACAAGUGUGUGGGUUUUCUGUUCUUGGAUUUGACCGAAGCGUUUUAUCGCAUAGUGCGUCAACUGGCUCUCGGAGGUCCCCCGGACGAUGAAGCCAUAGCUGCGGUUGGUGAGCGCCUGCACCUUGGGCCAGGUCUCCUCCAUUCUCUACAUCAACACCUUGAGGAUCAGCCGGCAGUGGAGCAAGCAGGACCCACUUGGAUGGAUGACACAUGCAUUGCCUUUGCCACGGAAUCAGCCUCGGCCCUUGAACAAGUGACAGCGUGUCGCCAUGUCUUACAAGCCAAUCGACAUCGAUGGCAGCCCAUGCCCGGAGCUGGUUCUCAACUCAAUGCGACAAUGGAAGCUGCCCAUGAUGGACUCCUGCCACCAUUGAAGGUGCAAGGCCCGCUCCUUGAACAACCUCAUGGAAGAGCAGAUGAGGACUUUGACCAGGAUCUCUUGGAGAAGAUCUUCCUGGACAUUGUGGACGCCACGACCAUUGCCGAGUGCGAGAGAUUAAUCAGGGCAGCGGCUAGAGCGAAGGCUUUGUCAUGGUCGCUCUUUCAGGCGACCUUGGAAAGGUUUCUGGAGAUUUUCACAGAUGAAGAUGCGGCAGUUUUACAGGUUCCAGGUGAGGAGAUCAGACAGCUCCUUCGCACUUUGAAACUUCCUCAGGUUUCCUUAGAGCCUUAG